AUGCUCUUCCAAUGGUACGUCCAUGGCCGCCACCACCCUUCAUUUCACUGGACGUUUUUUUCCUAUAUUUCUCUCCUCGCUCUCCCUUUCUCUCUUUUCCUCCUCUGUCUCCUCUCCGCCACCGUUUUCCGUCGCCGUCGCCGAAAUGACGCCGUUUCUUUACCCCCAACUCAACAAAAUGAAGAAGGAGAAACAGCUUCUUCCUCCUCUUCCAUGAUCUCGUCGUCGGAAGAUGAUGGUAAUCACGGCGCCGCCGCCGGCGAUUCCGGGUCGAAUCAGAAGAGGGAGUUUGUCAUUUGUGCCGUGUGUGCUUCAACACUAGUUGUAUCCGGGUCGAAUCGGACAUGGGCACCGGCGGCGGCCAUUGAAGAGGGGCGAUUGAAGCUGGAACAGGGUGAUUUUAUGGUCUGUGCUUCGAGUUUGGUCGCUUCCUCUGGCGGGAAUGGUAAAACAGGGGAGGUAACCGCAAUUGGUGACGAUGGUGGGGGAUUGAGACGGAAGGGUAAAGAGUUCGUCGUUUGUACAUCUAGCUUGGUUGAUCAGAGUGUUAGGGAUGAAACAGGGGAGGAUAAAGCCGCCAUUGGCGAGGGUAAGUCAAGGAAGAAGGUAGAAUUCAUCACCAAUGACCAGGAAUCGAUUCCAAAUGAAGAAACCGCGGUGGACGAAUUCUUCAGUUGCGUUUCGGGCAUGGUUCCGAUUGUUACUGGUGGGUCUGAAUCAGGGCCCACCAUUGAUCUUGUUCGAUUGAGCAUAGGGGAAGUGGAAGAAGAAGAAGAAGAAUUGGGGUCGUGUGCGAAGCUGUUAAGGGCUAUUGAUGAUGAAGAUGAUGACGAUGAACUACAAGAAGAAAAAGAGAAGUAG